GAGUACAAAUUACUAGUAUACCAGUAACAAAAUAUGACAAAAUGACCAAUUUUCUAGUAGAUAUUGCUAAGGGAUCCAGUUGCUAUAAGGUCAGCUCGUGAAGAUUCCUUCACCGUUUACACCAAAGUAACGAAUCCAUCUCGCCUAGGAAAACGAUCUGCCAGUUCCAACAUUUCUUUGGCUUUUCAAAGAAAACAUCAAUCCCGCAUUGAAGCUUAUCUGUGAGUGAUAUAGGCACAAGUCGGGGGAAUAAUGACUGAAUAAUGCAUGAAUAUUAUGUACAGAAGAAAAGCUUAUCUCCUGCGCUGGUAACGCUAUAUACAAGCCGAGUUUUUGGAAAAAGCUAACGCUUCUUUCUGGUUUGCACAUUCACUUAUGUAUAUAUACGAGAUAAACCCAGAAUCAUUAUUGGUUUGUGUUGUGCGUUAUAAAAAGGCAUUCCUUCGGUCAUUUGCUCGUACUUCGCUUAGACAUGAAGAUAUUCUUGGUGGCAGCGUGUCUUUUUCUUGGAUUCCUCGGAUGAUCGGCCUCGUUGCUGGAGGAGAACUGUGGAACAGUAGCGCGCGGCUCCAGAGUUCGGCGGUUAGUUGGAGGCCAUGAUGCCGGGAGGCUUUCACAUCCAUGGAUGGUAAGGCUGCACACAUAUUCUAGUUAUGUUUGCGGCGGUUCGCUUAUCACUUCCCGUUUUGUGCUGACGUCAGCGAUCUGUGUCGAUUUCUCGAAUCCUAAGAAAGUGCUGCUCGGCGGGCAUGACAUGGAUUUGCCGAACACAUUCCUGGAGGUCCUAAUCGAUCGAAAAAUCUUGCACCCACAGUUUGAUAUGAGCAACUACAAACACGACAUAGCUCUGCUUCGAAUGAAGCAAGAAGUUCCUUUCUCAGACCACAUCAGACCCAUCUGUCUUUCUAUCAAUCAGCCCCUGGAGAGAGUUCAGAGCUACACUCUCACGGGCUGGGGUGUCACCGGCGACGGUGACUUGAGCCGCAUCCUCCAAGAGACCUCUUUGGUUGACGUCGAUCCUUCAAUUUGCAAUAGAACGUUUUCCGGUCAAAUCGAUCGGUCGCAUAUAUGCACCUUCGGCGUGAAUGGUGAUGCGUGCACUGGUGAUUCUGGAGGCCCACUGAGCGCUGAGCUUCCCUACAAUGGCACUAAGCGGGCUUUCCUGCUGGGAAUCGUCAGCUUUGGGUUAGAUUCCUGUAGGGGCUAUGGGUUGUCCACAAAUGUGGCGCACUACUUGGACUGGAUCAAGAACACAAUUGAAGAAAACUGAAUUACCUUCAUUUAGAGUUAAAAUGAAUUCAGAAAGAUGAGAAACUCUAUUGUGCUUUGAGAAACUGCAAUUGAAAUAUUAAUUUACCAUCUAUACCAAGAUUAAAAAAUCAACA